CGCGUUGCACACGGCGUCGAUCGAGAUCCAAAUUGCUAUUGCCAGAUCGAAUCAACGCAAUCAGUUUUCACCGAUCGGAUCGGUCGUCCGCGUCCCAUAAAUCAAACUAGCUUUUUACGAACGAUCUCUUGUUCGCCGCCGCGUUUUUACGCCUAUGGGUUGAAAUUACGGGAAACUAAUUAGCCAAAGACCGUUUCCUAUCGGUCGAUCAUAGAAUCGUUCAAUCUUUAGCACUCCCGGCAUUCGUUUACGCCAUCAGCAACCCCAACUGUUAGCAGCACCCGAAUGGCGACUCCGAGGCGGUACUAAAAAUUACCACAGCGUAACUUGGAACAAUUUUCGCUAAAUUUGAUUGCGUUUAAUGCUAGCGCGUUUCUCCGACGAAAAUUCAUCCAUUUUAUACUUUAGAUACUAAAUUAUUGUGUUGUAAUUUGACGCAGUGUCUCGAAGAUGAUGAGUAGAAUAUAAUUGAUCGAACUGUAGUGAAACACAAACAUGGAUAAUUAUGACUCAGGAACGUAUAAAGAAUAAUGAAUUAGUUUUCUCGCUUAUAAAACGUUUGGUGGUUAUUGAAUUUCUGGGAUUUAGUGUUAGAAUAACUUCUCGAGCGCAUGGAUUGUGGCGUGUCUCUGGAGAACCAAAGAUUUGAUUCCGAAAGCAGUGAAUAUGCUCGUGAAUACAUUUAAUCUGAUUUCUUUAAAUGGUUUUCUUUCUUGCGAUGUAAACGUGCAAACUAUUCUGGCUCUUACAAACAACUGAUGAAUUUCUUCUGAAAAGCAUAAUACAGUUCUCGAAUUCAGUCGUCCCGAUAUAAUGAAAUCAUUGAUGUCUAUUGGUUUUUCGGGUGUAUAAAGUUGCUCGGCAAACUAUUUUUCAGUCUAUAGUACUCCACUUUUUAUAUAUAUUUUCAAUAGUUACAGUUAUACGAUAUUCUCUCCAUUUCGCGAUUCGGACUUGAAUUAAAUCAGCAGUCGAUUAACAUUCAAUGCCGGCGAAAGUUUCGGAUCUUUUACACUACAAUUAUUGAAAUUAUAAAGAUAGAUUCAAGAUAAUUCCUUGAUCAUAACACAAACCACACCAUAUAACCACAAAUCGUCAAACGUUUAGAUCAAUUCAAUCUCGUCAUUUCCAUAAAUCAACGCAUAUCAAUUAUUUCAAUGGUUCCAGUAGGUUUAGCAAAAAUGAUGAGAACCGUGAUUAAAUUCCUACACAAACAGCGUUGCUCCGAAAGCUGUUAAGGCAAAUGUACCUAUUAUGAAACACCGUUCAAUUGUGACUUCUCUUUGACACAGUAUCAUAAAUAAUACAAUAAUAAAUAGGUAGAGCAUACGAAAGGGGAUGUAAAAAUUCCAUCCAUACUUUUUGAACAUUCUUCUUUAUAAAUUCACCCACGCGAACACUGUUAUCCAAUAAUCAACAGUAAAAAAAUAUUUUCUCGAAUACGAAUGUUUCUAAGCAAGAACACACUGUUCCUUAUCGUGUACUUCAAUUCUUUCACUGUCCCGAUUUAUGAACAAGUUGGCAUCCGUGUUCCACGAUAGGUACACGCUCGUACUUUACUUUAUUACUUUUUAUUCAUGUUAAAUAAAUAUUUCAAAGUUGAUUACAUUAUCUAGAGACAUCAAUCUAUCUAACAGUAGUGUAAAUAAUCAACAAUGACACUUUCCAGUUGUAAUAAAAUCGAUGAUAAUCUUCUAACCCAUCACGCAUCGGCGACUACGUAGCUCGACAGUUUAAAACGAUCCGAAAUCGAUCAAGACCGAAAAAUGUAUCACGAGUUUGUUUAGCGAAACGAACGCCACAGUUAACACGCAGCGGGAGUAACGACAAAGCGACAAAGAGAAUGCAAGUCUCGGGGAGUCUUUUACAGUCUUUUCUUCCGUAAACCGUGCACGCUGCGAAUGAUCAAAUAGUUUCAGGCGGUGGCGUACGGCUCGCGCGGAACGAGGUCGACGCUCGUGCAGAAUUCCCAUCGCGGAAUUUUUCCUCUCGGCGACUUCCGGCAGCUCGGGCUUCUAAUUUCGCAGACGGUAAUCCGCCGCCAUUAAUUGCAGCCGAGGUGUCGGGCCCCGCAAAGUCGUAAUUCCCGUGGUUUCCGCGGAGCGUGGCUCAAGUGUCACCGCCUCGAGACGGUCUUUCGGCGUUCGAAAAGUUCCAAGAUCCGAAGCCCUCCCCCCGUAAUCCGACUGUCGUAUCCAUAUCUCGAUAAUUCCCCCAGGAUCGAUCGCCGGGGUUGGAAGUUUCGAGCGGGCAGCCCGGCUCGUCGAAUUAUUAAUAGCCGAACUCCCUUCGCCGCAGCCCGCCGCUCUUGCGUUCCCGCACCCCAGUCCUCCCCUGCCGGCGCGUCCCGUGCAAUUAGCGCGAGCUAGGAAUUUCAUUUUGUUCGGGACAACUCUCCUCCGCCCUUUCUCGCGUCCUGUCCGUCCCGAUUAACGGGCUGAUCCGAUAUCUCGAUGACAGCGAAGAAACAGAGACGAGCGACGGAUGUUCAUCGACUCGAUUCGAACGCGUAAUCCGACGACACCCUGAUCCUCUUUUCGAGUCGCAAAGCCUCGCCAACUUCCGCGACGGAAGCCUCUGAUAGGCGACGAAUCGGCAAGCUGUUGGACCCUUCGCCGUGUCUAACUUUGACGUUCUUUAUCGAGGGAAAGUUCCUUUCGACGAGAAUAGCAGAAACAAGGAAGCGCGCGUCGAAGACUGUUCAGUAUCGAAGCCGAGUGCACAUCAGUGUCAAGGAAUUGAUUGGUAGCUCAGAAUACUCCGAACGUAUCGUCGGGACGUCUCCCGAGAACCGUCACGCCAACGAAGUUCUUCCAACGUCCUAGAAACCGCGCUUGAAUCUUCCGAAUCUGUGUACGUUCGGGGAGGUCUCGCUGAUGCUUCCCUCAAACACAGCGGUUCGAGUGAAUCGGCGCUCGUGUAUCGUCGCGGGUAGACCGAGGGCUGAGGACUUCCGGAGGCUCGUCGCGAGGAAUGCACGCGCCCGAGGAUGGAACUGAGAGUCCUGCGGAUCAGCGUGUUACCGGGGAAUUUGUCCGAGUUCACGGUGAAUCGAAACGAUUCGAAACGAGGUGGCCUGCCGUGGGUUGCGAAGCAGGUGGCCGUGGAGAAGAAAGUCCGUGGAAAGGAGAACGGUGAGCGGGCUGGGCUAUUCGAUCGCCGGGACAGGAAGGCUGGCGGUAGCAACAAGAAGGACGAGUGUUCGAAGAACGCGCAAGACUUCAGCGUGGUGAGAAAGACUGGGAAGGGUGAAUCGGUGUCGGAGGAUUGCUCGAGGAAGGGAAUCGAGAGGCAGCAGCAGCAGCAGCAGGAGCGUGAAAAACCAGAGAGAAAAGGGUCGCCCUUAGCAGGAGGGCCCCACAGAUGCGGGGCCCGGAGGGGCAAGUCCGCGGCGGCGUGACGCGAUGCGGACGUCCUCCUCCUCGCCUGCGAGGAAGAGGAAGAGGAAAGACCUCUCGCCUCUCGAUCUCAUCGGAAGCUUGUCUGCCCUGGACCGUAGCUCCAGCCGAUUCCUCGUGCACGAUGCUGACCAGCGUCGAUACUUUUUGUGGGGUAGUGUCGAGGCUCGUUCGCCGGGGAACGAUCGUCUCGAGAACGAGAAAGCGUCGCGCGUUCGCGAAACAGGACAACGGAGGUGCGUCGGAGGGGAACGCAGGCUACGGGACAGCUCGAAAAAGUGUCUGGCGAAGCUCCUCGUGUUCCUCGCGAUUCUGUGCGGACUUUGCUGGCCUGCCGCGGCGGAGGCGCUCGCCGGCAGCCAGAAGUACAGCACCAGAACGGUCCGGACCAGGUACGGAAUCCUGCGCGGCGUCGAAGCCAGGUCGUCGACGUCCGUCGAGACCUAUUACGGCGUUCCGUACGCGACGCCACCCGUCGGCUCGUUACGGUACAUGCCGCCGGUCACGCCGACGCCCUGGCGCGGCACCAAGCUGGCGGACACCAUGCCGCCCGCCUGCCCUCAAAAACCACCGGAACCGGACGCCACUCUACCGAGGAACAGACGCGCCUACCUCGAGAGGCUAGCCCCUAUGCUGGCCAACCAGAGCGAAGACUGCCUGUAUUUGAACCUCUACGUGCCGAAACCUCCUCAUGGUAGUACUCCAGACUUGUUACCUGCCCUCCUCCUUAUCCACGGUGAUUCCUAUUCAUGGGGUGCUGGAAACGCUUUUGACGGAACCGCGUUAGCUGCUUAUGGUCGCCUUAUCGUCGUUUCUAUCAAUUUUCGCCUCGGCGUACUGGGCUUUCUUAAAACCGGCCCGAAGGGGAGCGCGCAGGGAAAUUACGGCCUGAUGGAUCUGGUGGCAGGCCUUCAUUGGUUGCACGAGAAUCUCGGCGCAUUCGGCGGCGAUCCCGAUCGACUGACGCUCUUUGGCCACGGAACCGGCGCCGCGCUCGCCAAUUUUUUAGCCGCCUCGCCCAUGGCAAAAGAGCUGGUCGAGAGGGUGGUCUUAUUAGGUGGUUCGGCGUUAUCACCCUGGGCGAUCCAACGAGAUCCGUUGACGGUGAAACGUCGCGUCGCCGAUCAUACUGGAUGUCCUGGCGACGUCGAGGCUGACGACAUCGCGCCGUGCCUUCGUUUGAGAAACCUGGAAGAGCUUCUCGCGGUGCAGUUGGACCCGCCGAGAUUCACUUCCGGGUUUGCUCCAUUCAUGGAUGGAACGGUCAUGCCUCCGCCAGUUAAUCAGAAUUUCCAACCGACUGCUUCAUCCUCGGGCCUGAUGCCGCUGAUGCCCGGGCCCGGCACAGAAUUUGCCAGCUUCGGCGACAGAGACGUGCUGCUCGGCCUCACGUCCGAGGAAGCCUGGGUGAAUCUCACCGACGACGAUAUACAGAAUGGCUUGAACGAGACCAGGAGAGACCGCAUUCUCCGCACCUAUGUGCGCAACACCUAUCGCUAUCACCUUCACGAGAUCUAUUCUACCUUGCGGAACGAGUACACGGAUUGGGAGAGGGGCGAGCAGAGUCCGAUGGCGAUCUGCGAUGGCCUGUUGGCCCUAUUGGGAGACGGUCAGGUCGCGGCUCCUCUUCUCAGGUUGGCGCUGCUGCAUUCGGCUGCCGGAGGCCGAGGCUACUUCCUGCACUUCCAGCUCGGGAAUCGACCCAGCCAGAAGGGCGAGGAGAUCCCCUAUCUCCUGGGGAUACCACUCCUCCGCGGAGAGGUGGUCUCCGUUUUGUUCACCUCGAUCAACUACACUUCGGCCGAUGAGAACCUGUCCAAACUGUUGGUCCACUACUUGGCGAACUUCGUGAAACGCGGGGACCCGAACGGCGCGAGUCCUUUGACAACGGGAUCGGGCGGGCUUCCGACGAGCCCGCCGUUCUGGGACUCGUACGAUUCGAUAAACCAGCUGUACCUGGAGGCUGGUCGUAGCACAGAGAUGCGGUCACAUUACAGAGGCCAUAAGAUGUCGCUGUGGUUGAAUCUGUUGCCGCAGCUGCACCGUCCGGGCUAUGAGAUCAGCAUGCGUCACCACCACCUGGCGGAGAGCCCCAGCCUGUACGAGGGCGCGGUGCGUCCUCAGACGCUCGCGGUUCCGCUUCCGGCGCCGCCGUUGCCGAUGCCGUCGCCGACGGAGCCGUCGUCGGUGUCGAGCGUGAUCUCGACGACGGAGUGCACGCCGAACGUGACGGUAGCGACGACGGUGGCGACCACCUCGAGGACGCUGCAGCAGUCGAACCUGGGCCCGGGGCCCAACAACCUGCUGCGCAAGCUGGCCUCGAGCCACUACCAGAGCUACACCACGGCUCUGACGGUGACGAUAGCCGUCGGCGUGUUUCUGCUGCUGCUGAACAUAUUGAUAUUCGCCGGGAUCUACCAUCAGAGGGACAGGAACGCUUCGAACGCAGCCGGCCUGUCCUCGUUCGGCGACAAGAAAAAAGAGGAGCUGCUGGAGGCCGGUUGCUCCGGCAUCGAGAUGUCUUCCGGUAAACAGAGGCUGUCUACGUUGAAUCUGAUGGACUCGCCGUCUUCCAGCCCGCCGCCGCACAAGGCGAAGCUGGCGCAGGAGCUCGAGCUGCAGCUCCAAGAGUUCCAAUGCUCCCCGCCGCCUGGUGGAGGCAAGAGGAUCCUCGAGCCGCCGCUCUACACGAUGAGCCCCUGUGUUCAGAGGACACGCACGCCGUCGCCGUGCGUCGACGCGACCACUGCCAGGAUGGACGACAACGACGACUUCGACGCGGACAGCAGCGACGACGACAACGACGACGACAACCUGCCGGAACCACCACCGCCACCCAAAGUACCAGCGCCGAACGUCGGGCUGUCCUGUCCUGGGAUACUCAGGCAGCCCGGCACGCCCGGCAGCGCCAAGAAACGUGUUCAAAUUCAAGAGAUCUCGGUCUGAAGGGGACUUUCGGCACACGCAGGCUCAUCGAGGGCGCGACGGGUCGCUACUGCUGGCAGUGGUCGAUCGGGCCAGCUCGGUUUUCUUUUAGGCAUCGUGUACGGUGUCGCCACUGUUGUUAGCGACGUGCCAUGGAUUUGAGAUGUUGUUCGAAGGAUCGGCAGAAUUCUGUGAGGGGGCGUAGGUCUUUGGUUCUGGAGACGAGGGUCGGAGGUACGAUUCGCGGGGGAAUUCCGGCGAAUCGCGUAGGUUUUUUGGUUCAGAUUUACGGUCUGCAGACAGUCGGAGUCGAAAAUUAAAUUGUCAAUUUGUAUUUAGUAAUUUUUGGAUUUCUGGUGGUCAAAUCUAGUUGGUUAAAUUGACACGUUGUUGUUUAGUAUGGGGGAAAAUGAUAAAUGGUUGCAAUGCCGGAUUAACGAGCGAAGUCUCUAACACAUUUUUCGACGGAGAAAGAUUCAACAUGUUUUAAUGUAAUAGCGAUGGAAGUCCUUUUGUUUGAACAAAAGAAUUUUAUUAAUUUGAGUGUAACAACUUUUGUAGACUAAUUUCAAAAGGGAAAUGGGCUAACCCCUGUCUUCAUUAAACAGGAGUUUUCGCUUUGAAGAACCGAAAAAGAAGCAAAACGGAAAUGGGAACAGUAUCAAAUUUUCGUGAUAAUCACAUUCCUUUGUUAAUUUACCCGCGUUUCUGUGUGAAACGUAUUUGAGCGCAUUUUUUCUCCAUUCAAAAAGGAGCGUAUAACCUUACGCAGUAUCAUAUCAAUUUAUUUCCUAUCUGUAUCAUUAUAUUUAGUUUCAUUUCACUCAUGCUUUUGAAAGUUUUUACCGAAGAAAAUAGAAGAUACAAUGUGCCUCGAGCAGGUCGUUAUACAAACAUGCUGCGAAUUUAAACGAACCAACGUAUCAUCUUCAGACUUUCUUUUUAACCCAGCGAUUUUGCUGAACACCCUAAUUAGAUAUCUACUGCUGUCUGCAGACUAUGUUCUUCAGUCUGAACUGCUGGAUAUUACGGGACGAACGUCUGUAAUUGCAGUUUCUUAAAGUUUUAUCGCCGAGUAGCUGAACAGUGUAUACGUAGGGACAACGUUGUUACAUCAGAGAAGGAGCAAACAUGUCGGCAACUGAGAGCACAAAUCAGUGGCCUUAAUGAUUUCGAUUCUAGACGAACGGAAGCGUCUCUCUGGCGGGUUUCUGCACGCGAAAUCGGUUCUUCGAACAACUGUUCUGUCUCCUCGAAUGUCCCAUCGAUUUUCUAAAGGUUUCCUCUUGUUUGAAAUUCUCCUGAUUGCGACAAGGAUUUUUUAUAAACUCGCUGAUUCACUUCCUGCUUUAUUUCCGCUUUCUGUCUUUUUCAGUCGACGGUGCAAAGGAGUCGUGUGCACGAGUAAGUACUCCAUGCUGUUACUUUUAUAGCAUUUAGAUCAUUCGCAAAUACGCGUCGCUAGUUUUCUAGAUUCGUGAUUUCUCAAUCGAAACACGAGUUGCGCCGUUCAAAUGUUUCGACGAGAUUUCGAAUAACAGAAAUUAAGAUUUCGCGUGCAUUAACCCGAUGCUCAAUUUAAAAGAGUGUUACGAUUAAAACAACGGUUGGUGCUCGAUUGGUAAAUAGUCACUUCCAGAGUUUUCUAUAUCGCGAUUACAAUAAUAUUCCAGGAACAAUUCCUUCAGUGAUAUUACUUUCCCAUGGAGCAUUCUUAACGCUGAAACUGCCGGCAAUGCACGCACACCUAUUUCUAUCAAAAUAACAAGAACAAUCGAUUUAUAGAGAAUGCAUCCAUGCGGUAUCUUUCUAAACUAGGGCGUCGUUUCCAAAGCUCUACGUAACGUGAAAAUCCUUCAACUAAGCGAGAGACCUCGACAAUUUUAGCGCAUCAUUAUUUCAAACUUAAAAUAAUAAACACUCGUUUCUCAUUUGAACUAUUAUAAAAUUAUUGUCAGACGGAUUCAAAUUGAUCGUGUUUCAUCGGACCUCUAACUCUGACUGUACUCCAAAUUACGUACUGAAUUUUCCUAUUAUCCUAAUGUUCUUCAUUAGAAACAUUAUGAAAUUACGAAUUUUUGUCACGCGAAAAGACGCUUUUCAAAACCGAUACGUCCGAGAAAAAAACGAAUAGUAUUUCAAGUGCUCUAAAUGAAGAUUAAAGUUUCCAAUGACAGCUUCGGCAAAGCAAAAAUUGGCUCGAGGGCGCAGAAAUUGGGACACGUAGCCCAAACGUGAAAACGAAGCCGUUGGAAACGUCGUUCGCCGAGAUCAGUUCGCCGAAUUGUCUCCGUUGGAAAUCCGGGCAACCGAAUCCCGGUGGUGACUAUUCUCCAUCGUUCAGAGAGCAUCUCCGAUCUAAGCUAGAUCGUCAACGUUUACCGAUCGCCGCUCUGAAUAUUUCGUGCGCCAUCGUAGAUACGGGACGACGAUUUUAAAGGUUCUCCGCUCCUCGUUCUCCGGAAUUAACCUGAUCGAGGAUGUUGUUGACCUUAUCCGGGCUAUUGAAACCGUCGGGGAAACUUGCCGGAGAAGAACGGGGCUCGCCGGGAAAGUCUCGGACGUCGAGACGUCUAUCCUUUACCUUUUUUUCCGCCGGUAAGAUUGCCGGAGCUCGUAGGGGGAAGGGGGUAAGUUCCAUAGAAAACGGGAUAUCGAGGACACGAGUUCGACUCGCCGGAGAUCACAUCCGCGCAAGAAGUUGAAUCGUCGGCGAAAGGUCGUCGCGACGCUCGACGCCGUGAAACGAGGGGAUUGAUAUAAUCUCAGGAACCCAAAAGACAACGCGCCAGGGAGCCAGGCUGCUUUGCCCGGGCUUCCUUUUAUCCGGAUUUGUCGGAGCACUAAGUGGAAUUAUUCGAGGAAUUGGAAGGUCUGACCUCGACUUCUCGGUGCCGCGAGAGGAGAGGAUAGUCGCGCGGAGACUGGACCUGAUCAUAAGAAGCUGCAGGCGUUCUAUGGAACGGAACCUGCUAGAUAAUAAAUUGCCGAGUCGUUGGAAUUCUGUGUAAUCGCGUGUGUACCAUGUGUGCGAGACUGCGUGAGAUUUAGAGAGAAUGAGAGAAAAAGAGAGAGAAAGAGUGAGAGAGAGAGAGGGGGGAUGUCGAUGGACAAGGGUUGCGAAACUCGGCGCGAGGAACGAUGGGCGAUGCAUCUUGUAAAUUGUAUUCGAUGUGGGAGGCUUGGGACGUGUGUACGGGUCCAGGCUGAUGCUAUUCUUCUUUCGGAAGAUGCUGGCAAUGACUCUGCUCCCUGAACUUUAUGGUCUUCAGUUUUUAGCGAAGUCCGGAGAACUCUCUGCUGCAUGAGAAACGGCGAGAUUUUGCUUCGGGGUUUAUUUUGUCGGUGGUUUAAACUUUGUCCUGCGGUUGCGCUUUGAAAUGUUGAAUAUUAAGUAUAGAGAGAUAAUAUUUCCACGGUUGCUAGUAGGUUACAAAUUUUAUGCAUUUAUAGAAGUUUCAGUGUUUUAAAUUAGCGGAGUACGAUCUUUGAGACAAUUUUGUGAAGAAUUUGCUUGUUUGAUGUAUGGUAGUGCUUGGUAGAGAUAAUUGCUGUUCAUUACGUUUGUCGGUGACAUUUCAACGAAAGAACGGUUUCUUUGAUGUCGCAAGGCUGGAGUGUUAACAUUUCCCUUUCAAAUUACGUUCCAGGGCUCUUUGAAACACGAAAUUUGUGUUUGUUGAGUAUAAAGGCUUAAUAUCGGUAACAGAAAAAUCAAAUUUUGAGUUAAGAGAAUAAAAUGCAGGAUUAUUGUAUUUAUUGUACUCUCAGUUGUUUAAGUGAGUCUAAUUUUUAUGACAGUGUAAUUAGACUCUUUUGGAGGGUAGUAGUACCAAUAGAAGUGGAAUAAUUGUUUUCGAUUUCAGUAUACAUAUAAUAAUUAAACUGUAUCCGUGAAAGAUUUGCUUCAACGUAUUAAUUUUACAUGUUAAGUGCAGUUUACUGUUGAACACACUAUCGUUUCCUGUACUGCCAGCUUCAGUAGAUUAAGAAUAAUAUAAAACUUUGUUAUAUUCUAUGAAAUUUUGUAUAUUAUUGAGCUUUUACAUUUUUAUGCAUUGCGAAUGCAUAAAAGUUCUUCAUUGCUAGUUGCCAGUUUAAGAUAUUCGUAGAUUUCACUGUUAAAAUAAAAUAUUAUUUGUGAUAUCAACAGUUUCGCUAGAUCAAAACGAUAUAAAUAUGUUAAACUCUACGAAAUUUUAUAUCUCAUUGAUUUCUGUGAGCUGCAAAUGUAUACAAAUUUGCACUGCUAUUUGUCGAUAUCGAAAACUCUUGGGAAUUUAUAGUUGAAUAACUUAUUAUUUUCUACAUUAACAACCGCAAUAGAGCAAAGACAAUAUAUGUUAAAUUUUAAUCGUCUAUGUUCCAUUGAUUUUACAAAUUUCUAUGUGCUACAAAUAUAUAAAAACCCUAAUUCCAAGUUGUUACUUUAUAAAUUCUCAAAGUUAAUAGCUGAAUAAAUUGUUAUUUUCUGUACCGAUAGUUUCAGCAGAUUAAGGAUAACAUUGUUGAUCUUUACGAAAUUUUACGUCUGAUUGAUUUCUUAAAUGUUUAGCGAACGAUUUGACCUAACACAAUUUUUUGUGUCAACGAUUUUGACAGAAUCAGAGCAAUAUAAAUCUCCGUUAAAUUCUAGAAAAUCGGAUACCCCAUUGACUUUACAAAUUUUUAUAAAUGUUCGGGUACUCUGUUUAAGUCUUUCGCGACUUUGCGACAGAAUGUUAUAACGCAAGUGGUUAAUUAAGUCAAGAUUGGUUUAAAGACAAAGACUCGUGACAAAUUGGAGCCCCAUGCGUCCCCCAACUGUCACCGAUAAUUGCGAGGCGAAGAUCUUUCGUUGGUGAUUCAAGCAACAUUGUAAUUGAGAUAACGAAGGCGGAGAGGAACAAUUAAGCAGGAAGCAAGUCUUUGCGAGCAUCGGUGUGUGUGUCUGUGUGCUACGGAAAGGGAGGAGGAAAGAACCCGCGCGAGGGGCCAGCCGUAAGUAACCUAACUACUAUAAUUUAUUCUAGUCGAAGAACGCUCGCCAUCCAAAGAGAAUUCAUGCGUGUGUUUAACGGCAAGAAGAGACGACUCGAUUGUGCCAGAACGUUUUUAGAACCACGACAUGGCUUGAAUUUUCUGAGAGAGAGGGAGAGAGAGCGAGAGGGAGAGAGAAAGGGAGAGAGAGAGAGAGAGAGAAAGAAAUAGAAAGAGAACGAAAGAAAAUGCGAGAAAGAAAGCGUGAGAGAUUGAGACGGAUUGAAUGAGAAGUCCGAAAGUCCUGUCGUUGACGAUCCGUCGACGAAUCGGCGGGUCGAUCCAUUCGAUCAACGCAAUUUCUUUUCGGUUUCGAAUCGCGAUCGAUGAUUUUAAGCGAGAUUCCCACGUUCGUGUCGAACGAGUCUCAUUAGCUGUAAGACUCUCGAUGAAUUCACGCGCGAAACUGCGUCAUUUACAUACAGGAUCCAAUCAAACAGACGAACACGCGGAUACACGUACACUCACCUACACCUACACACAACUAUCAAUGUUUGGAAUGUUGGGAUUUGUUUAAAUAAAUAACUAAAGCAUUCGAAGCGUAA